UGCAGCAUCACACCGGGAGCGCAGAAGGAGCUCGUAAGAACCUCAAACCACUGCGUUACCAAGUGUCGUGCCGUCGAAAGCGAUGGGAGUGUACAACUUUGCGGUGCUGGUGUCACUGUUGGCCACACUCAGUGGCAGUUCCAGGUUCGUGGCGGGACUAGACCUAUCUACCCAGGGCAUACCUACCUCCACCGACCAUCAGCAACAGCAGCAACAAUCACCACAGCAGCAAUGUGCCUCGGUCCAGGAGCGGCUCAUGGCCUUUGAGAGCAGAAUGACGUCCAGGGAUGAGGAGCUGGCAAAGAUGCUACAGCUGCUGCUCUCCAAUCAGCGCGAAAUCCUACGCCAACUCCUAUCAGCUACCUCCACGUCCAAGUUCGGGUUCGUGGGCGACGUGAUGCAACCAUCGGCGAACGGCCUAACGGACGGGAUGUUCGCCCCGCGGCUCGUGCACUCGCCGUCGGCGUACCAGGACACCCGGGCCGGCCACGGCAGCGGGUUCCAGUCGCGUAGCUGCCGCGAAAUACCGGACGGUAUGUCCGGCGAGGAAACGAUCUACCCGAGCGCCGUGCCGGGCGGCAACCCGGGCGAACCGCUGGAGGUGUACUGUGACCAGGACUUCGAGGACGGCGGCUGGAUCGUGAUCCAGAACCGCUUCGAUGGGUUCGUCAACUUUAACCGCAGCUGGGAGAAGUACCGGGACGGAUUCGGGGACAUCGGCACCGAGUACUGGCUCGGGCUGGACCACAUCCACCUGCUGACGGCGGCCGUGCCGCACGAGAUCGCGUUCGUGGCCGAGUCGUUCCGGGGUGAGCGGCGCUGGGCCCGCUACACACUGUUCGAGAUCGGGGGCGAAACGGACCGCUAUCGGUUGCAGAAGCUGGGCGUCUACUCGGGCACGCUCGGCGAUGAGUUCACGUACAACAAGGGCAUGGAGUUUUCGACGUACGAUCAGGACCACGACCAGUUCGGUGACGUUAACUGUGCGCUCCGGACCGCCGCCGGCUGGUGGCACCGCAGCUGCACCCGCAUCAACCUGAACGGUAUCUACGGGAACGAGUCGGGCGUCCGGUUCGCGUACUGGCUCGACUGGCUGCACCUGAACGGCCUCAAGCGGACGCGUAUCAUGAUCCGGGAGAUCAAGCGUCGCCACAAGUAGGUGCUCGGUGAGCUGAGCUGGGCUCGGUGGUAGUAGUAGUAGUAGUAGUAGUAGUAGGGGUAGUGUCAGGCACCGAUGUGCUCCAAGUGCGCCGCAUUAAAAACUGGAGUGUACUGGUAAGGUUGGUGUGAUCCCUAUCAAACCGUGUGGUCGUGAGAAAUUAUGUUAUAUUAACUCCAAAUGGCAGAAAAUACGCAAAAAACAUUUUCCCGAAAUAAAGCAUUAUCGCUUUGACCCUA